AGGCCCAGUCCAGAGUGUGCGAAUCGUAACGCAACAAGAAAAAUCUUGUUUGGUUCCGGAGUACGUGGGCCCCCAAAGGCGAAGGUUCUGCUUCUGAACCCAAAUACGUUGAUCCAACGGCUAGUGGUGGCCCACUUCCCAAAUUAAUCGACGCCACCACCUUUCUGACACAGCGAACCGGAGGGGUCCUCAAUUUAUAAAUCUUCUGCCACACUUCGUCUCACAAACACACACAAAUGGAUCGUAGAAGCCUACUCUCCCUUGCUCUCAUCAGCAUUGUCGUCGCCGCCGCCGGAGCCCAGUCUCCAUCGGCGGCGCCCACCACCUCCCCAGCCACAUCCCCUUCCCAACCUAAGUCACCUGCGCCUGUUGCUUCUCCCACGUCGUCUCCACCGGCUUCAUCCCCCAAUGCUGCAACCGCAACCCCCGCCUCGUCUCCCACGGCUGCGCCUCCGUCUAAAGCUGCCGCUCCAGCUCCAGCUCCAGCCACCACUCCUCCUGCUGUGACCCCCGUGAGCUCGCCGCCAGCGCCGGUUCCGGUGAGUUCUCCACCUGCGGCUGUUCCGGUGAGCUCACCCCCAGCGAGCUCUCCCCCUACACCCGCACCGACAACUCCUGCACCCGUGGUGGCACCGAGUGCUGAAGUUCCCGCUCCUGCUCCUAAGUCAAAGAAGAAGACUAAGAGAAGUAAGAAACACACUGCACCCGCACCCUCGCCGUCAUUGCUCGGCCCACCCGCUCCUCCCGUCGGAGCUCCGGGAUCCAGCCUGGAUGCUUCCUCUCCUGCUCCAGCUACCGCUGAGGAUGAGAGUGGAGCAGAAAGCAUGAGGUGCUUGAAGAAGGUCAUAGGGUGCUUAGCUUUGAGCUGGGCUACACUUGUUUUCAUCUUCUAGACAAGAGUCCGAGGCUGAGGAUUCAUUGCUGUUGUUAUAUAUUAUUAUUAUUGUAUCAUUAUUUUCUUUUUUGCGCCCUGCCCGGGGCUAAUAUUAAAUUUAUUUACCAUUGUUUUCUUCAAUCUCUUGUUAACUUAAAAUUGAUGACGUUGUUGAGACAUUAUUAGUACUAUUAUUUUGUACACUUGCCCUCU